AUGGAAGAGAAGCCUUCCCCGGAGGCGGCCCCAGCUGCUGCGAAACAGCGCGCUCCUCAGAAGAGAAAGGCAGAGUCCAGCAAGAGCCGGGCCCCCAAGAAGAAGGCCCGCAAGGCACCCAGGAGAGCUGCCCCCCAUUUCUUGGUGCAUGAGACAGACAAUGACAUGCUGUUGAUCAUUUCCAAUGUGGGAGAGGAACAAGAGCGCCCAAAGGUGUCCAAGAAGAAGCGGAAGAAGCCGCGGAAGGGGCUGAGAAAGCCUCCGCAGCGGAAGGAGCUGAAGAAGCCAGCAGAGAGGAGAGGGAAGGGAAGGGCUUUGGCGGAACAGCCUGGGACUGCAGGAGGCCUGGGAGAGGGCAGCAAGGGGUUUCUGCCCCGCACCCACCCAGCUCCUGGCAGCUCCUGGGGCGAGGAGCUCCCAGUGGAGAUCCUGGUGCAGAUAUUCCAGCACACUGUGGCAUCAGAAGGAUCAGUGCCCUUCCUCUGCAGGGUGGCCCGUGUGUGCCGGCUCUGGUAUGGAGCAGCCGCCAACCCUGUGCUUUGGCAAAAGGUGUCUCUUGGCUACUGCUGGGCAGCCCCAGGACAAAAAUGGUCUCCCACUGUAGAGAAGAGAGCCCUUGGCACCGUGGAGUGGUUGGCUGGCCACAGGUUUUCUCGCCUCCGGGACUUUGCUCUCUGCCACUGGAAGAAUCACGUGCCCUUUGUCCUGAAGGAAAUUGGCAAAUCCUGCCCCCUGCUCGCAUCUCUCAAAUUAUCCCACUGCAGUGGAGUGACUGCAGAGUCCUUGGCCGGGCUGGCUGAGUGUUGCCCUGAGUUGGAGAGUUUGAAUCUGCAGCAUUCCCAGGUUCACUCUUCAGCUGUGGUCAGCUUUCUCGAAGCUGCUGGCUCUCGAAUCCGGCACCUGUGGUUGACGUUCAGCCCCCAAACCAGCGCUGUUAUUGCUGCACUUUCAGGCGGCUCUUGCCCUGAACUGCGGCUCCUGGAGGUGAACACAGACAUCAAGCGAUUCAGCCAGCACUUCCAUCUUCCCAUUGAGCAGCUCCAGCUUGCUUGCCCACAUCUGCAGGUGUUUCGUCUGCUCAAUGUAGUCUGGAGCCCGAAGCUCAACCCCCGCUCAGCCCCCUGCUCCCAGGGCUUCCCGGAGCUAACCGAGCUGUGCUUGGCCACCACCUCCUACUCCUUUGUCAAUGACAGUACCUUGCAGCGGAUCCUGUGGGCUUCCGACCGACUCCGCGUGCUUGACUUGCGCGGCUGCUUCCAUGUCACGCCCAGUGCCCUGCACAUGCUGCCGUGCCCAGACCUGGAGCACCUCUACUUGGGCCUGUACUGCAGCGCCAGCGACAUCCGCCUGCCCCUGGAAGGGAUACCCCUCGUCACCCAGAAGUGGAGCCACAGCCUGCGGGAGCUGGACCUGGCCGGCCAGGGCUUCUGUGAGAGCAGCCUGGAGCGGGCGAUGGCCGCCUUGGCCCAGGGGCAGAGCCAGAGGGGGGGCCCUGCUCUGCGCUCCCUCAAUCUCACUGGCACCAAAGUCAUCCUCAGCACAGUCAGCACGCUGAUCAACAGCUGCCCUGCUCUCACCUACCUCAACCUUUCUUCCUGCCGCCAUUUGCCACGGGGCACAAAGAAGGCCUAUCGGGGCCGGGAGGAAAUCCGCCAGUGUUUGCAGCACCUCCUGGCCAGUGCGGGGGAGCCUCUCUGAACCCGCUUCGGACCCCUGGCCUUGCCGAGCUCAGUGCGUGGCCUCUGCGGUGCCUGCCCCUUUCCCGUCUGGUUCUCACUCCUCCACAAGGGUGGCCGUCCUUCUCCCCUGCAUGGGAGACCGUGGAGAGUCGUGGUUGAAGGGAAGCACUCUGGAUACUCAACGUAGCCCCCUUUCCCACUUUCUGGAUUCUGGUCUCUUUUCUAGCACGUCGGGGUCAGAAGAAUGCUCUCAUAGUUUUCUCAAAGUUUUGCCUUUGGCCCUGAUGCUGUUCAUGGCACUGGGUCACCACUCAAAAGGUCGGGGUUCAUGCCCUCCCUGGCCCUUCUCCAUUUGUAUGGGCAGGUCCUGGGCCUUUCUGAAGGAGCAGUGCAAACUGUAAAGAGCAGGACUCCUUAUUGCCAAGUUGCCCCAAAUGUCCCUUUUCUCUGGGAGAUGAGGAGGAGCAGCUGGCUGGCCUCCGGCUCUUUGGGGCGAUUUCCUCUCUCAUCCAGCCCCCAGAACUCGAGGGCGGGAGGUGUGCCUGAGAGUUUGUUUUUAAAAAUCACUCUGGCCACAGCUCCCGGCAUGCGUCUGGUUUAGGCCUCAUUGGGCACUCUUGCACUCAUGUUUUAUACCGUUUGAAGUUUUUGGACCCUAUUUAGGGCACUUCUCCCUAGAACAAGUUUCUUUACAUGGAGCACCGCCAAGCUCAGUAGCUGCUCUGUCAAGAUUACUGUUACUCUACUGGGACAGCUCAAACACCAGCUCCCACAUUACCCCUUCCACCCAUAUUAUCUGGCCCACGAAUUGAGAUCCGUAGAUUUGAAGCGCAGCUGGUGGGGACCUGAGGGAAAGCCGCCCGUUACCUCCAUCCUCCCCCGAAACUGCAAGGGACCUUCUGGAUGGGUCUGAAGACCUGGCAGUUCCAGGGGGACUCUACAUUAAAGGGGCUUUUUAUAAAACGGAUGUUUAUAUUUUCAGGUGGCUUUUUGGGGGCAGGGACUUCACUCCUGGAUCUUUUGGAACGGUUUGAAUUAUUCCACCUGUUUUGUUGUUUUGAGUUUAACUGAUGUUGUAAAUUGCCUUGUGGGUCUGUUUCCACUGAAAGGCAGUUAAUAAAGUUACUAAAUAGAUUUUUAAAAA